CAUACCGAAAAUGUCAUCUUUCUUCGCCGACAUCGUCUCCACUAUCUUCCCUGCCGCCCACGCUGAGGCUCCUGUCACUACCGAGGACGAGCACUCUAGCGCCGGAUCGUCGGAUGAGCCUGAGCCGGAGGUGAUUGAGCAGGAGGAGAAGGAGGAGGAGGAGGAAGAGGAGGAGGAGGAGGAGCCUGAGGACAUUAUGCCUGCGCUUGAGGAGGAGUGUGCCAACUCCAAGGCUUGCGAGCCUGCUAAGCACCACUUCGAGGAGUGUGUUGCGCGCGUUACCAAGGACAUCGAGGAGCAUGAGGCUCAGGGCAAGAAAAGGGCACACGGAGAGGACUGUGUUGAGGAGUGGUUCCACUUGGCUCACUGCGUCGACCCUUGUGUUGCCCCCAAGCUUUGGUCCAAGUUGAAGUAAACGGAUCAUCGAUGAGAUUUCGUUGUGUGGAAGGAGUAAUGGAGGGUGUGUGCU